CAUCAUCCGUUCCGGGCUUAGUGUACGUACAUGGUAUUCAGGUUUCGAGUACCACCCCUACUUUCUAGUCUUCCUUCACUACAAGAAAACGCGAAAAAACGACGGAUUAUAGCGACGAAAUGCAAUUCGAUGCUAACGACGAUGGAUUCAGCGACGAAAUUUUACACCUACCAAACUUUACGACGGAAUCAGAAUUCCGUAACUCCGUAUAUGGCUGGAGGUAGUGCACGGCAUAUUAGACGACGGAAAAAUUCCGUCGUUAGUUUGGUGACGGAAAAAUUCCGUCGGUAAAAGAAUAUAAUUGAAACGAUGCGUUUUGAGCUGGCGACGGAAAAAUUCCGUCGCUAAAUCCGUCGCCAAAAACAGAUCUAAAAAUGGGAACUCCUCUCAGUUUCUCCGAUUUCGCAGACAGAAACCACAAAGAGUUGUUGUGUAGUUUCGUCUCCUCCGCGACGCCUUCCGCCACCAUCAUCCGCCGGUCGCUGUCCGAUCAUCUUCUCCGUCCGCCACCAUCAACCGCCGGUCGUCUACCCAUCUUCCGUCACCGUCCACUUGAAAUCUCAGCGUAUUCCUCAGCUGACGCUGAGCGUGUAGCUUGUUUUACUUGCUACACGCAGGUAACAAUACUGAUCAUGGAGCCCAUCCCGGAGGUCAAUGAGAGUGACGAGAUGUACGGACUGGUGGACCACAUUUAUGAUGCUUUAACUAAAUAAAUACCUUUUCGGGCGAGAACCCAGAAAAAUGUAAAACAAUUAGGUUAUGUUUUAUAUUUAAGCUUCCGUACUUUUUCAGCAAUACUCUGAAUUUAAUAUUUGAAAUUUAUUAUUUAUGUUAAAGUUUAAAUUGGUUUUAAAUUAUCCUUCAAAUUACCAUGCGUAUUUACCAUCAUGGUAACUACUCCGGCUCAAAUAAUCUAGGUAAUUGGGU